ACUCUCGCAGGAGCCAGACGCACCAACGGAGCGCGACGGGGGCUGCAGCCAGAGGAGAGAGAGCCUGUGGACUUUACGCACAUUCAUCAGCACAGCUCAUGCAGUUUCUCUCUUUUGUACCCCCCUCCCCCACACACACACACUUUGUUUCUACUUUGAAUUUCUUCUUGAAGUAAGUGUUGUCCUUAAUCUAAUUUCUGCAACAACAACAACAACAACAACAAAACGAUGAGGUCAGCUCCUGGAUCCUUCUGGAGGAUAAUCCGACUGGCCGCGACAGUGGCGCUCAUCUCGGUGAGCAGCGCAUCAGAGUACGAGUACCUCAGCUGGAAGUCGGACAUGUAUACCGGCGGGCGCAGCUACGGCAAGCCUCCCCAGUGCGUGGACAUCCCGGAGGACCUGCGGCUGUGCCACAACGUUGGCUACAACCAGAUGCUGCUGCCCAACCUGCUGGAGCACGAAACCAUGGCGGAGGUGAAGCAGCAGGCCAGCAGCUGGGUGCCCCUGGUGCACAAGAACUGCCACCCAGGCACGCAGCUUCUCCUCUGCUCGCUGUUUGCGCCCGUGUGCUUGGAGCGGCCCAUCUACCCGUGCCGCUGGCUGUGCGAGGCCGUGCGGGACGGCUGCAUCCCCAUCAUGGAGGCGUUCGGCUUCCCCUGGCCGGAGAUGCUCACCUGCGACAAGUUUCCGCAAGACGAAGUGUGCAUUGCUAUGACGCAGCCCAAUUCCACCGAGGCCACCAAAGCGACAGGUUUCUCUCCCGUCUGCCCUCCGUGUGACAACGAAAUGAAAACAGACGCCAUGCUCGAGCACAUGUGUGCCAGCGAGUUCGCUUUCAAGACCAAGAUCAAGGAGGUGACGCGAGAAAACAUGGACCGCAAGGUAACCCUGCAGAAGAGGAAAAAGAUGUUGAAAGAGGGCAACCUGAAGAAGAAGGACAUGAAGACGCUGGUGUUGUACCUUAAGAAUGGCGCGGACUGCCCCUGCCAGCAGCUUGACAACCUGGGGAACCAGUAUCUAAUCAUGGGCCGCAAAGUGGAUAAGCAGUACCUUCUCACAGGCAUCCACAAGUGGGACAAGUCCAGCAAGGAGUUCAAAAAGGCCAUCAAGAAACUCAAGACCUACAAAUGCCCCGCCUUUGAGAAUGUCUUCAAAUAAAAUGACCCCCCCGCCCCCACUUUUGGUCACAUCUCAUUCUACAUAUGAACUUGCACAAGCAUUCAAAAUCCCAAACUUUGCUUUCUAUUUUCCUGUUUACAUAUCGAUCUAUCUUUGUAUAUUUACAGAUGUUUGAAAUGUCCAUUAUUAUGUUUGAAUUGAUUGUGGUGUGUGAUGACACCACAAAAAAGGGUUGGGUUUAUUAUUUUUCUUCUUAAGAAAAGUUAAUCGUAGUAGGUCUAAAAGCCCUUCCUCACUGAAAUAAUUUUCACUAUAUGUAGAUACUUUGUUACACUCAAUUUACAGGUCAAUGAAUUUGCUGCAUUGUUGGAAUUUUAGAAUAAAAUGUUGCUUCAUUAGCUGGAAUAGAGGAUUGAUACUACUCUCAUGUCAGGACCAUGAAUCUGAAGCUAGAAUCAGCAGGCUGUUAGCUUAGCCUAGUAAAGGACAAGAAGCAGAUGUAAACUGCUAACCUGGUUUUAUACAAAAGUACAAACCCUUAAAUUGUAGAGUUCUUUUUACAGAUUUAACUAAUUCCAUAAUGUUUUAAUUAGUUCGCUGUAUAGCUGCUAGGAGGCAGACCAGAGCCAGGCUAGCUAAUUGCUACUAUAAGCUUAACCAUCUGCAAGCUCUAGCUUCAUUUUUAAGAAACAGACACGAACGUGGUAAUAAUCCUCUUAUCUAACUCUCAGCAACAGAAAUGUUAUUUUACAUCUAUCUCAUUGUGAUAAUGUAAUUAUAAAUCAUAAAACUUGUGAUUAGUCGACUUAAUUGGCAGUUGCAGGCACACAAAUUGGGCAACAGAGCAGCGCCUCAAAGGGUUCAAGUUGAAUAACUUAUUGACUGCUUGAUGAGAAGAAGCCGCCUUCUGAUUGUUUUUGCAAAUUUUUUGAUCAUCAUUUUUUUCAUAAUUUCCUUUCCCAUUUCUUCAUUUUAAUGUUACAUUUAUUUGCGUUUUUUGGAAUGUCUUAAGAGAAUAACCACCAAUCUGCAUCACAAAUGAACAUGUAGGCCUGUGAGAUGGAUUUUCUUCUUUUCUUGUUGCUGCGCUGUCACAUGACAUUUGGCUAAAUAUAUAUAUUUGUUAAAAAUAUAUAAAAAAUGUAUUGUAGUCACACAUGCUUAAAAAUGCAAAAAUGUUCAAUGUGCAAAUAUUUUCAACUCAUUUAGUAAUUUUGUACUGUUUUUUCUGCUCAACGGUUGAUGGUCUUGCACUAUAUUGUUUCACAUUUGAAUGUCAGCAGCGGAUUGAUGCCUAUUACAUGUACAUACACAUUUUACAUAAAUAUGAAAAAGUGAA